CAUAUUCAUCUUUCACAGAGCGAGACCUUCAAAACGAAAACCUUCAUCAAUUUUGUAAGUCUACAUUAUUAUUACCUAUGUUAGAGGAUCUAAAGCUUCGGUACAGAACUGUACUUGUCAAGAUUGCUCAAGAUCUGACAGAAGGGGAGAUAAAAGAACUCCUAUUUUUCUGUAAAGACCAUAUUCCGAAGAGCCUGUCGAGUAAUUCCACCGCUGUCGUUCAAAUUUUUGAUCCCUUGGAAGACAAGAGAGUGAUUUCGUGGGAGAAACUCAACUUCCUGACGGAGUUCGCCAACGCAAUAAACAGGCAAGAACUUGUUACUCAGCUGACUGCAUUUGAGUUGACAAGAGAACUGGUGGUCUACGCUUUAAAAAGGCAAGGUUCCCAGCCGUCUAUGAAAUCGUCGACCGAAAGUGUGGGAAUUCAUCUGGCGGAAAUGGUGGAUCUUGACCAAGAUCGAGUUGAUGUUUCAGCUCAAGGAUUGAUAAAGUACCUCCUUAAAUCUCGAAAAAAAGCCUCCGAUGUUUUGGACUUCAUCUGCCGGAAAGCAUUGCCUGAUGCCGAUGUGACGAAGCCGAACACCUUAGCCUUGCUGGUCGCCAUUGCAGCCGAAAUUGUCUCGCUUAUGUUUGCUGAAAACCAACAAGAGAAUCGAAGGAAGUAUGCAGUGGACGUCGCCAUCGAGCUAGCUGACCAUUUAUUGCCUAAGGUGGCCAACUUUGGUAGCUGGAAAGACUUCUGCCGAUAUGUUGGAGAACGCCAUAGCGGUCACUUCAGCGAGCCUUUCCCUGAACCAGCACCUGAGCCGUGGCAGUUGAGAUCAGUGACCAACCUGAUAGGCAAGAUGAGGGAGACUUUCCGCAGUUACUAAGCAACGUAGAUCGUCAUAACCGAUUAGUAGGUUGUUUAAGUUGAUUAAGUAGUAUAAAUGGUAAAGUUUAGAAAAUAGUUGAACAAAGUCAGAAGCAAAAUGGGGGGAAAAUAGUAGAAUUUAGAAUUUAAUAUUUGAGUUUAGACAAACCAAAUUCAUUGAUAGAAGAUACUGUUUAUCUAAAUUUUUCCUUUUUUAAUGUUUCAACAAAAUUCAUAGGGUAGUUGAAUUUCACAUAGUUUUAUCAAGGGUAACUUGGGAAUUUUUUAAUUACACUGCGCCUGAAACUAGUUUGUCAAAAGAAGAGAGUUAAUUCGCUUAGUUGUUAAGGGGUGAAGAACAGAUUUCACAAAAAUUAUAUGAUUUGAUAAGUUGUUUGAGACUCACUCGAUAAAACGAAGAAGUCAGUUAAGAUAUCUGACAGGCGGAAAAGUGAAAAGAAAACUUUUCUUAUUCAGAGGUGCAGUUAGCUUGAUAUGAUAACAAGCAACUGUACAUGUUAAUGCACUCAAAUGAAUUCUUAAGUAAUAUGAGGUAACAGUUUGUGCGAAACUGUUAAUGCAUUCAUAUGAAUUCAUGAGUGAUAUUAGGAAUUAGUAUGCAUUGUGCAUCAUUUAUGCCUACCAGAAGAUAAUGGUGGCAAUUUUAGGCAGAUGCCUCUAAAACUAAAUCAAUGGUCGACUGCAAUCACGGUUACAGAAAUCGACCAUUACGUUCGUGAUGUUUGAGUACAUUUUCAGUAGGGAAAAUGGUCACAUCGCGUACCUGAAAAGGUACUUUAAGUAAAGCAGAAGGAAACGGUCAUUCCCAAGGGUGCACCUACUUCCUUUCGUCAAGAGAUGUGUGUCUCAUUAAGAUGAGCUAAAAUCUCGGACACGUUGCUGCCGUUGUUGUAACUUCUAAAGCUACUUCGUGGAUUGCAACCUCUGUAAUCAAGUGCGUGUGUUUUACCUCGUACUGAUUACAUUUCAUGCCUGCGUGAUCCAUAGAUCAUGGACCGAUAUGGACAUGGACAUGCAUGAUAACUAAUUGCACAGUGACAGUCUUUGGUGGGGAUUUGUCACCGUGGAAGAUGAAUAUGGCAGCACAUUUGUGUUGCAAUAGCGGCUCAUAUUUUGACAUUUGAGCUGACUUCUCUUACACAACGAAUUUGUACUAGGAUUCUUACGCUGUUUCAGUGGUACAAUUCGGAAAAGGUCAAGUGACCUCAAAAUACAAAAAAAAAAAAAGGAAAAUUGUCUUUAGUGAGAAAAAAAGAAAAGUCUCCUUAAGGCUAGUAUAUUAAAUACUGAUCAAGUGUUACUCUUUUUAAGAUAAGCGCUAGUGGUUUACAGAAAUAAAUUUUGCAUUCUUAUCAUUGGUAGAUAUAAAACUUCUUAAUGAUUUGAACGUAAUGUCCGUUUAGCAAUUAUGUGAUGUAUUAAUGAUGGAGUAUGCUUACCCCUUGGAGGAGUUUGUUAUCGUAGACUGUUAAGUAGGAAAGCAUAUAUUAGGAUAUUAAAUAUACAAGGCAAAAAAGAUUAAGAAAAAUUAUAGAAAAAUAAAGAAUAAUUUUUCUUAAUCUUUUUAGCCUUGUAUAUAUAAUAUCUCUUAUUAAGCGAACAUUAUGGACAUAUAUUUAGGAGUUGGUACUCAAAUUUCUAAAAAACUUGAUGAUGUCAUUUUUUUUUUAAUUAAUGAAUGGUUUAAAUGUUUCAUAGAUGCUCUCUUCGGUAAUAAGUUCUUUUUCAUGCUGCAAGUUGACAACCGGCUUUACACAAAAACUUUAUAUCGGAACUAGGUUUCGCUAAAACAAAUCUGGACUCUUUCGUGCUCCGAAACUUUGAAGAAAAUCGAACGGAAAAAUGAUUGUUUUCAAUUUGUGAAAUAAAAGUAGACCAGUUGAUUUCCGUUUCUGUUUGAUUUCCAUUUGAUUUUCAUUUGAUUUCCAUUAGAUUUCCCUCCAUUUGGUUUCUAUUUGAUUUCUAUUUGAUUUCCGUUUGAGUUCCCUUUGAUUUUUCAUUUGAUUGUUAUUUCGCUCUGACCAAGGGCUAACGCUCGAAAUGUCAGCCUAGAAACUCUUCAACUUACGGUGGCCGAUUUACAUUAUCAACUGACUUGAUAAAACCAAAUUAUCUUGAAUUUUAUUGUUAUGUUAAGACUUAAAGAAUAGAAACUACGAACUUCGAUGAGCGGCUAAUAAUGUAAAGGCAAAGCAAAAACGUUAACAACGUUGCGUCUUGAUCAUGUUAGCGUUCUGAUGUUUUUUCUGUAACAGCUGAUUGUCAACUCGCACAUGUUUAGAUCUUUAUUGAUAGUUAAAGGAUCAAUUGCUUGUCAAACGUGGUGAUGGAGAAAUAGUGUAAUUCAAUAAAGUGUGGAAAAUGACAA